AUGAAUUUUUGUGCUUUUCUUAUUUUCUCUCUCCUCAACGCCUCCCUUGCGCUUUCCCCUCCUCUCUACUCCCCCCCUUCUCCCCUCCCCUGCACUCUCCUCCUGCCUCUUUAUCUGCUGCUCUCUCCCCUCGCCCCCCUUCUCUCUCCCCCUCUGCCUCCUCAGCUGGAGGACGGUAGUGGCACGGCCAUGCUGUGCAUGCUGCCCGCCAAGUUCCACCGCAUGCUGUGGCUCAAGAGAGGCAGUUUUGUGGUGGCAGACGUGAGUGCAGCAGAGGAGGUGGAUAAGGCGGGAGGGAGAGUGAGAGGCAGCAUAACGGCUGUGCUGUUUGAUCAUCACAUUAAGGAGCUUGUAGCCUCCAAUCAAUGGCCAGAGGCAUUUGCAGAGGCAGUGGUCAAAGAAAGAGCCGGAGCAUCAGCAGCAGCCCCACUGGAGCAAAGCCAACAGGAGCCACAAAAGCAAGGUGCAGAGCGCAGCUCAGCUGGAGAGGAAGGGCAGGGUUUGCGGAGUUCCCGAGGUGGUGCAGAGGAGGGGAGAGAGGAGUCAACGCAAAGGACAAGAGGAGAUGGGCAGGAGAAGGAAGAGGGUGUGGGAGAGGAAGAGGAAGGUGACGAUGAGGAGGACGAUGGAUUGCCUCCUUUGGAGAGGAAUCCAAAUCAUCGACCAAUGUUUGUGGAGGAGGAUGGUUCAGAUGAAGACAGUGAAGAGGAGUAA